AUGCUGAGUUUCUUGAAAUGGGUAUGGGAAAUUCUUCUCCACACUUCCUUCUUCCAUCCCCACUCCCACUCCCACCUUCUUCUUCUUCUGCAAGGCCGGCCGGCCGCCGCCGCACCUCGCUACCACGGGGCCGCCGACGAGGACGUCGAGGAGUGCGCGGUGUGCUUGUCGGGGAUCGAAGAAGGCGACGAGGUCCCGGAGCUGACGUGUCGCCACGCGUUCCAUCAAGUAUGUCUGGAGAGAUGGUCGGAGUUCCGCCGCCCCACGUGUCCACUCUGCCGCCGCUCCUUGACCGCUGGGGCGCCGGAAGUGUUGGUGUUUGAUUUUGCUCGUCUCGUUUGCUCCGACGACGACACUCGCCGCCACACUUGGUGGCUCCGCUAG